CAAUCUACUUAUGUACGAACAUCCAGAUCAGCCAUGGGUUUUAUUGCCUUGCAAAUAAAAACCAGACAACCUCAAGAGAUUUACCAGGAUCUACUGCUAAACCAUGAAGAAAACGAUGCUCUAAGGGAUCCCAAACAGAUACGCAACAAAAAAUAUUACGAUAAGAUGAAAAACACGACAUUAAGAUCAACAGGAAACCAAAAAAACUUCGCAGACAAUAAUCAACAAGUUAGUUAUGUUCUUCAUGAUCACCUCUUUUUGCAGAGUUUAGAGCAGACAAAGAAUAAGAUUUCAAAUGUAAUUCUUUAUUUGGAAGAAACAAUACAGCAAAUGAAAGCUAUGUGUUCAAGUGCUCGUCCAUCAAUCACUGGGGUUGAUCGAACUUUUAAUCUUGGAGAAGUGUAUGUCACUGUUACAGUAUUUAAGAUGCAGGUUGUAGUCCACAAAGAGCUUCAAUUGAAUCCAAUCUUCAUUGGGCCAUUAUUCCUGAAUGGUGAUGCAUUUGAUGGUACAUACGCCCAUUUCUUUACACACUUACGGAAUAAAUUUAAGGAAGUGUCAUACAAAACUGAAAAUUUUAUUUUCGAAACUGAUCAAGAAAAGGCUAUGAUGUCAGCAAUAAAGCUUGCUUUUCCAGAAUCCAAUCAGGUCUUGUGUAUCCGACACAUAAAACAAAAUGUGGAGUCAUAUCUGGCAGACAAAGUUGGACUAGAAAAAGAAAUGCGUCAAGUUGUUAUGAACGGUUUGUUUGGAAGUCAAGGUGCAGUGUUGUCAGACGAUUCGAUAGUAUUUGAAGAACGAAUUAAGUUUGUCCAAAACAUCUGCAAAAACAAAUAAGGAGACAAUUUUCUAAAGUAUUUAGAUGAACAUCUUGUUCCGAUACUUAAGGAAAAUGUGAUGAGACCUCGUCUGGGCAGAAAAGUCCAAGAUAAUUGGACAAACAAUAAUGCUGAAUCAGCCAAUCAUAUUCUAAAAUGUGCAGUUAAUUGGAAACCAAAACCACUAAUGGAACUAAUUACAAAAAUUUGGAAUCUACUACAAGUUCAACAAAAAGAUCUGCAGCGAGCUAUUAUGGCACAGGACCAUAUACUCUGGCACAAGAAUAUCAACAGCAUGUUAUUUCUCCACAACAAUGGUCACAGAUGUCAACUAAAGACAGACAUAAAGCAGUGAAAAAGUUACUCUGUGCGAGGAUACCAAGCACAAUGUUAACAUCGACUGACGGAAAACUCAAAGUUUCUAUGCCCAAGGGUAGUAAGAAACCAGGUCAAAGGAAAAGGCCAACAGCUGAACGAUCAAUGAAAAUGCCGAAGCAGCAAAGAAAAACAUGCUUUGGCAAAUAAACAGAAAUAAACUGGAUUGUCUCCUUUAAAUAUAACUUUAUAACUUUACGAAUUGUAAAUAAUAAGAAAUUAAAAGAUGAUUGGCGCACACAAGGGGGCCCAAUUUCUAUUAAAUGUUCAGAAAAGCAUUUUUUUAUACCACUGAUUUUAUAAUACGCAGCAUCCCCUCAAUUUGGAUUUCUUUUAAAUAGUUAAAUGUAAGCCGAUGAGCCACUGUUGCGAAUAUCUUUAUUUUUCACUUUAUUAUUAAUAUGAGUCAACAAAUUUGAGUGAUUUGAGUAAAUUAUUUCAAUUGAUUAGGUUUUUUGAAUUUAAUUUGAAAGUUAUUUGUACGUUUAAUAAUUUGUCAAUAAUAUCGCAUAUUGUCUUAUCGGUCAAUAAUUUAAAUAGAUUAAGUUUAUUACUGUUAAUUCGUACGUUAAUAUGGGUUUUUUGGGGGUUAUUUUUGGUUAAAUUAUUUUUCAAUCAUGACGCAUAUUGUCUUAUUGGUUAAUUAUUUGA